GAUAUAGACCUCCUGGAGUCAUGGCCCAAAUAUGGCACUAAAGUUCUCAUUCCUCCUGGUCAUAAAUGUAGCUCAGUCAAAGUUCAAACCUUCACCAACCACCCCUCUCUUUCUCUCCGAGUCCAUCUGUCUCUCUCUCUCUCUCUCUCCCUGUCUGUAUCUAUUUUCUCCAAGUCUCAAACUGGUUUCACAUUUUGGUUAGACAUUUCCUUCCUUUUUCUUCCUUCAUUAUAUUGAAAAUGGAAAAAUCCGAUCAAAAACAGAAGCAGCGCCACGAGCAAAACAUAUUGUUACCUCAACAACAACAACAACAACAACAACAACAACAACAUAAGCAAGGCUACUCCGAUCAUGUCUGUCGAGAUCGAGUUCAGGCUCAACCUCAGAGCAAAGUACAAGCAGGUCUAAUUAGAGAAGUAGACCAGGAGGUGAAGUUAGCUGCCACCGCAAUCAGCCUCAACGUACGGUUGAGAUCAUCGUCCAACAUGCCGCACCACAUGCAAGACCGUGCUCUCCGCCGCACCAGAUCACUCAUCGACUCAGCCGCCGCCGCAGCAAAAGCACUAUCCUCCAAACCACGGCCAAACCCAACUCAUCUAGCUCGAGCUCUCAAAAAGGAGUUUGACUCGUUGUACGGACCGGCGUGGCACUGCGUGGUGGGAAAGAGUUUCGGGUCGUUCGUGACUCACUCGCCGGGUGGCUUCCUCUAUUUUUCUAUCGACGACUCGCUGUCGGUGCUGCUCUUUAAGACGGAGGUUCAGUUGGUCGCCGAACAACAACCACGGAAACCGGCGAAUUGAGCGGCCUAGCUUUUGAAAUUUUUGUGUUUUCUGAGAAUGACACUUGCCAGGUGGCUGUUCUACAUGACACGUGUUAGUUGUUGUUCUUAUUAGUUCCUCUCUAGCUCUCUCCUCCUUUGACUAGCUAGAUAUGUCAAAUUUGGAUUGCUUCUUCUUCGUCUUCU